GAUGGAAUUGGGGAUAGGAUGGGAAUUGGAGACCCCAACAAUGCAACCAAAACCCCCCACUGCUCUUCCUGCUUAUGAGCAUGACCUGCUCUGACAGACCAGGGACGGAUGCGGACUAGAGGGACACUAGACCAAAACUACAACAUAACUCAGUCCAAACUGCGCACAAAAAGGUUGUAGAGCAAACCUAAACUGCUCCUAGAUUAGAUCAUUAAUUGGGGUCAAUUAUGAGUCAAUUUAGACAGGAGUCACAUCAACUACAGCCAAACUAAAUUUCCUCACAAUGGGGAUACUUAUAUUGUGUGUUGUUUGCGAAAACACGUGUAUACUUGGGUUUUCUUUCCACCUAGAGUCAAUCAAAAAUAACUCAAAAGAGCACUACUAAGCCAGACUAGACCCAAAUCAGUCAUACGCCAAAACUAGAGUCAAAACUGGAGUUACAAUCGAGUCAGAAUAGAAUGAAGAAAAGAGCCAAACUUGAGUAAAACUUAAUAACCUGCCAGUCCAGACACAAUCUGGAGUCAGAACAGACCUAAAUCAGGCAGUGUCGAGUACGAAAAUGACUUAAACAAACAUCUGGACCACAACCAUCUGCAUUUAGUCUCUGAAGGAUUUCCCCAUCUAGCUUGGAUGCAGACACAAGUGCAUACAUGGCCAGAUGUGGUUAUGUGCAAGUAUGUGAGCAAUGCAAGUGAAUCCUGGAUUGAGCACAUACAUUUUUACAGUGCAGUGAUAUCAAUGUAGGAAUAAGAAGAAGAGACUAACUCGUCUAUGUGUUGAUAAACUGAAUCUACAGUACUUAACAGCAGUUGAAGCAGAACGCUGUCUGUCAACCGCUAAGUUUUCAAAAAGCUUCUUCUGUGCUCCACAGCUGACGCUUUCUCACCCUAAUAAUGUCCUAAAGCUCCACUGCGUAUGUUUUGCAAACAGCCUGUGUGUGUGUGUGUGUGUGUGUGUGUGUGUGUGUGUGUGCGUGUGUGUGCAUCCAGCUAUGCUUUACCCCUCUCUCACUUCAUCGUAGAGCUUGCAGUAGACCUCUUUGUCUGCCGAUUUAGAGCAGGGUGUGAGGUGAAGAGCAGUCUGUUCAUAAUGGAUUAUUGAUUGGUCUGAGAAUACACUGGUUCUGUACUGUGUGUUUGUGUGUGUGUUUGUGUGUGAGUGUAUAUGUGUGUGUGUUUAAAACUCCAUACCAUCCCCUCUGUCCCACUCUGAGCCCUGAAUGUCUCCACUUUAUGAGCAACCGAACAGAGGAUGGCAAGGUUUUUUUGUAAAGUGCUCCCUGUAUGUUAUGCUCUGUGAGCAGUGUGUGUGUGUGUGUGUGUGUGUGUGUGAGCAGCUCUCUGUACAGGCCGUUAAGCUCUCAAUGCUGCCUGUAUGAAACAGUGUCAAAAGCCCACAGUGUGCACAUAUAGACUUUCAAACGAUGUGUGUGGACAACAUUAAAAGCCCCCUCUGUUUUGCUUCUUGAUUCCUCAGUUCCCCUGCAUGUAUGCGUGAGCGCGCGUGCACGUGUGUGUGCAUUUAAACAAGAGGUCCACUCUUUAUUUUCUCCCCCCGCUGUGUAUUUUUUCUUAACCUCUAAUGCUCGUCUCUGUGCUGCUGUGUGGGAGGGAAGCAGAGCCCAUCACGGCUGAAGGAUGUCCCACACGAGAACGACCCGCAGUCAUUAUCAGUGAUAAGGUGACAGCGUGAGUGAGUCAGUGUGUUAUGAAAGCCCAUCUCCACACCCUUGGGUGCAGGAGAUGUGUGCCAUGGCUGCCUCUGAGAUGAUUGCUAUGAUGAAGGUGCUUCCUGGCUGGAUGACAGUGUUUUCUAUCACAGAGGAGCACAAAAAAAAAGAAAAGAGGCUGAGCACCUUCUGCUAAAGCUUUGUUUGACUCUUUAAAAAAAAAUGCUCUUUAAAUAGUAGACUGCACUCGUUUUGUUUUGUAACCAAAUUUGAAUACUUUUUUUCAUAUUAGUGCACCAAAUGUGUUCUGCCAGCUGGAUGUGUGGCCUCUAGAUGGAGCAAAUGAGCAGAUUUCAAUAGUGAACGGCACAUGAAAAGCCAAACAGACCACAUAGUUUAGAACUGGAGUUGAGUUGUUUCACGGAGAGUGUCAGAAAGAUCUAUAAUAAAUAUUACGGGUUUCUAGUCAUUGUACUGCUCUGUAUUUUUCACAGCGUCAUAGUAGUAUUGAUAUUAAAUGCAGUUUUUAAGCUGAAAUUCAGCCUUUGUGACAGACCUAAUGUGUGAAAACAAUAACAAAACAGAAAAACAUUAAAACUGCAGGCAGGUUUCAAGACUCACUCCAUAUGUGAACCUCAGGAGUCUCAAAAACAGAAAUAGCCGGGCUGCUCUGAAAAGGAUGUGUGUAUGGAUGGGAAAAUAAGAGUGGAUUUCGUCCUCUUGCCGGACCUCAGCUGCCACGGUUCAGCGUUCAGAGAGCUAAACAGCAGAGGUUGAGCAUGCAAGGAAGGAGGGGAGAAAGAAAAAAAGAACACUUUGUUUUUGUUCGACACAGCAGUCAUUAUCAGCUGAGUGUAGGCCUCCACUCACUCCCUGUGACUCAUGGUGGGGCUGCUUAAGUGUCCAUUAAUGGCACGUCUGAUAUCAGACCAAUGACGUUCCCAUUGAGGGUUGGAGUGGUCUGAAGUAUUUAAAGGUGAUCAUUUUCCUGCAGGACAAAAAAAGACAGUGACUCCAAAGGGUUUCCAUCAGAAUACAGCAUUUAACUAUAACACACUACAGCUACACCCUAUGUCCAGUCUUACUAAUCUGUGUGUGUGUGUGUGUGUGUGUGUGUGUGUGUGUGUGUGUGUGUGUGUGUGUGAGAGAGGUUUAUUAGCUGGAGGAUAUCAAUGACAAUUUACAAAGUGGACUGUUCUUGCUAGCUUCAGGAAGACACUUUAUCCAGUUACUGAACCAUGUUGGCCUUUCAGAAAGCUUUGAUGCCUCUCUUCUCUUUUCUGAUGACUUCGAUGAUUGCUAAUAUUUCCGUCUCUCCUGGACAGUUUCUCCUUCCAUAAGCCAAUUUGUCAUUUUUCUCCUCCCCUUUUGCCUGUAUAGCCAGGAGCCUGCAUUGUUUCCCUUCUGGGGGCUAAUCUCAUUGCAUUUCAAUUUGCACAUGCGACUGUCUGGUGGAUGACAGGCUUACUGUUGAAUCCCCCCCUGCCACCGCUGACCCCCAAUUAGCGAGGCCAUUUAACAGGAAAUAAGAUUAUUAUCCUCUGUUUUUAGCGGCAGAACUGGAAGAAACCACUAAGUAUUAAUGAGCAACAUUAGGAUGUGGAGACAGAGAGAUGGAACAGAUGGAGGGAAAAGCCAGUGGAUGGAUAGAUGGGGUUGGACGGAUUUGUGUUAUUUAUUUUUUUGACUUAUGUCCAUCAUCACCCGAUUGUCCACCACGCCGUGUGCUGGAUGUAAUUCCCUUAAGCUCUGUUGUUCCUCGUUUAAGUGGUACGUCACAAUCAUCAAUCUUCUUUUAUCUUUAAUCUGUCUAAUAAAGCCAUAAGCUCAUAAAUUCAGAUAAUUCACUUGGUCAGAUGUUUUUCUACUUUAUAAACAGCUUGUGGGUAUCUUAUAUAACCGAGGCACCUGAAUCAAUCCCACCAAACACUACACCUGCGCAGACAUGAUGAAUGUGAGCUGUAUAUUACACUAAGAAUCAAAAUGGUGUUAAAAUAAUUAAAACUAAAAACUGCACACUGCUGUGCCGUCUCAUGUGAUUGCACAAGGCACACAGAUGACAAUGAUAACAAUGUUGAUUCUAUUGCGUGCAAUAAACAUUGUAAUACUUUUAAAAACAAGACUAAAAGAGUCUACUGUAUGCUAGCAGCUCUGUGAGGCUGUACUUAGGCACAGUGGUGCUUUGAGCUAGAUGUUAAAGCCAGCACGUGAACAUGCUCACAAUUACAAUUCCAACAUGUGACGUUAAUGUCCAUGCCAAAUUUCAUGGCAAUCCAUCCAAAUAGUUGAGACUUUUCACUCAAAACCAUAAAUGUGAACCUUGUCGUGGCGCUGGAGGAUAAGUCAGGGAUCGUUAUUCAUCCUGUGGGACAUAUGAAUGUCCUGCCAAAUUGUAUGCCUAUCCAUCAAGUGUAUGUAAAGUGCAAACUUUAAACUGAUGGUGACACUAGAGGAAAAGCCAGGGGGAAUCACCAAAGUCAUCAGGAUUCAUCCUCAUUGUGGAUUUUAAGGUAAUCCAUCAAGUAGUUCAGUCUGGUCCAAAGUGGUGGCCCAACUGACCGACAGAACGUCGCUGCCACAGAUGUGAAAGUCUAAGAGUUUUCAAAUGCAAUGUAAUGGCUGAGACAGCAUUGUACUCGCUAGCUGGGAGCCUAAAUGAUAAGCACUCCAGGAGGAAGCAUGGUGAACCAUUGGGGGCGCAGUGAUUUCAAUAGCAUAAAUCCUUCUAGAUAGAUCGGUGGCUCUGGCGCAGGGUAGUCAUUUUGAGUCAGUGCGAGAGUUUAAGACAUAUGAUUGUUCUUGUGCUAACUUCCCUGCUCCACCACCUUAUCCUCUUAUGAUUAUGAUCAAUUAUCCACUUAUAAUUAGAGCCUGGCAGUAACUCAGCUUAUGGGCCCUGGCACUUUAUAUAAUAGCCUGUAAUAAUGCUGUCAGUCACAUUUCAUACGGUCCACACUUUCAGGCUCUAGCAUCUGCUGAAAGCAAUACUCCAGUCAGAAAUAUGUCAUUGUAAUCAACAACGCUGUAACAGAAAGGGGGCUUUUGUAAUGAUAUUAUCGAUGAGCUGAGAAAGAGAAAAGAAUGAAGACGUGAUUAAACUUGGGUGAUUCUUGUGAGAAGAUUGGGACUUUGCAGCAAGAAAUAAUACACAUAAACUGUUGGUGAAAAUAUGCAAGUUAUUCCACCCACUGAAGGAAAUUUAUGAAGUAUGAAAUUAGUCAACACCGUGUUUCUGUUUAACUCUCUACCCGACCCUGUUCAACUCUAGUUUGAGAAAUAGAGCAAAGCAAACUGUCUGAAGAGCCACUUCCUGUUGUGUACUUAAGAUCCCUGUCAUGUGACAGUGUCAGUUGAGGCGGGUGGUUGAGGCCAGUAUGGGGAGGGAAUAUGGUGGCACUGCUGAUCUUGCUGAUGUGAACACAGCCCAACCCCACCACCCCCAACCCCCGCCCACGCACGCUGAUUGUGCAAAGUGUCAACUCAGCCAGUGUGGCGUCAGAGCCCCCAAGCCCUGCGUGAAUCAUGCACAACCAGGACACACACACACACACAUACACGUGCAUGGUGGUGGUGCACAGUGUCAGCCAGAGAUACAUUGUGGACAUGAUAACACCCCAUCAGCCCUCGAUUUAUACUGAUGUAAAUCUUUUUUAGGUCAAUUUGAACUCGUUUACGUUGCAAUGGAUUUGGAGGUUUAGGAAGGAGUAGUUGGAGUUGAAGGAGUUGAUUAUCAAACUCAUUGAUUUUGUAUAUGAAGUGAAUCUAAAAACAUUUUCAUUUUUAAUCAUAAGUUGCUUAUGUGUUAGGAUUUGCAAUUUUACUCCAAAAGCACAACUGUACAUGUUUCUAAAGACGUCAUGGAUUGUAUUUUAUUUCUGUUUAAGUCUAUGUGAUGAUCCCCAACACCAGGUUCUACUUUUUAAUUCAUAGCUUACUACACAAACAAAUGCAGAUCUCCCUUAUGACACAUGCAGUCCACCUCCAUGCUGUAGCUAGCUGAGCUGAAUGUGUCUGAAAACUGAACGCGCCUUUGAAUUUUUGCUUUACUCACAUGUUCUUUGUCUCUUUUCUCACCUUCCUCCCCACUUUGUCUCUUUCUAUCAGGUGAAUGAUAUGGAGUACGUGCAGGCCGCGCUAUAGAGAGCUCCCUGUUACAUGACCUGGAUGCUGCUAAUGUGCGUAAAAACUGAAGAGAAGAUAAUAAAAUGAAGGACAGAAGUGUGGUGAAAAAGUAACACUGAUGAAAAGACCCUUCGAAACCUCCGUCAACCGACACAAUGACGACCUGGAAUUAAGUGAAAACUCUCCCUUUAUUUGGACAAAGACUCAUUUAGCAUGAAAAAGAGUUUACAUUUUACCUCUUGUGACUAAAUAAAUGAUACAGCUGCAUGUGCCAGUGGCACUCAGAUAGUUUGCGCCACUGAUUCAUUGACAGUGCUAGAUGAAGAUGGAUAGAUGGUGUUGCAUCCAGUAACCGGAGAGUGCUAAAUGAGCUGCUGUGUAAGCAGCUUGAUUUCUGGAUGAUUGACGGCAGAUAGCAUUUUAACUGACCAACAAAGGCACGCCAGACAUCCCUAGAUGUGCAACUGCAGAUAGCAGUAGUUUGGGGUUUUAUUGAGCUUGCGUAAGGCCAGGUAGAAGGGGUAGUUCAGUUCGUACAAUGAAUCGUAGAGACAGUGUGGAGGUGAUGGAGACCCAGGCGGGAGGGAAGGAGAAGCUGGUUGAAGACCAGGUCCAAAACGAGGUUGACGGUGAGGACGACAAAAUCCCUGGGGCUUACGACUGCAACGUCUGCGGACGCAGCUUCCCGUUCCUCAGCUCCUUGUCGCAGCAUAUGAGACGCCACACUGGUGCGCGCCCUUACAAAUGCCCUUACUGCGACCACAGGGCCUCUCAGAAGGGCAACCUCAAAGUUCACAUCCGCAGCCACAAACUGGGCACGCUCUCUAGCCACCACUCCAAUGAGGAUGAGGAGGGUGUUGCUGAGGAGGAGGAGAUGAGCGUUUCAGAGGGUCUCGACGGAGGUACGAGUCCAACUAAGAGCAGCUCAGCCUGUAACCGGAUGAUCAACGGGGACAGUGGCGAGGAGAGUCGGAGGAAAGUGCCUGGGAGGAGCCUGAAAAGAGAGAAGCUUGUGACCGACCAGAGGCCUUACUGUUGCCGCCUGUGCGGCUACGAGGCCCAUCGAGAAGACCAGCUCCUCAGCCAUAUUGAAAAGGUCCACAUAACAGCAGACACAGAGGAGGAGGCCACUGUUAAGGAAGAGGUUAUGCCCGAGCCUGAUGUCACCCAACCCCAGGGUGACGGGACCUUCCCCUGUGAGACCUGCGGCCAGGUCUUUACCCAGGCCUGGUUUCUUAAGUCACACAUGAAGAAACAUGCAGGGAUCCUGGACCACUGCUGUCGUAUUUGUGGAAGGCGGUUCCGGGAAGCUUGGUUCCUCAAAUCGCACAUGAAAACCCACAACACCAAAUCCAGGUCACGGUCAAAAGUAGAUUCCGCUGAGCAUCCGGCCACCAUUAACGACGUAGCCCAGGAUCCGGAAAUUGCCACUUGCUCCAUAACAUCCAUCUAUCAAAUGUGUUCCAAAUGUGGGAACCUGUUCCCCAACAGAGAUAGUCUGAGGGCCCAUGAAAAAAUCCACAGUCUCAGCUAUGGCAAGAAGUCCCAGAGCCAAUGCAGACUCAGUGACGAUGAGGACUCACCAGCUGCUAAGAGACGUUUGAUUGACUACUUAAACCUCAAGCCUGUUGAAGAAAAGACCCUGAAUGAAGAAGAGGAGAGUGAGAAGAAGAUGCUAGGUCAAAGAAUCCCAGAGCUAGAUCCAGUUUGCAGCUACCAGGCCUGGCAAUUAGCUACGAAAGGAAGGGUUGUUGAGCCAGUGGAGCCGAGUUACAAGGCCUCCUAUGGGGGAGGGAGUAUGGGGGAGGAGGCCCUCGCUGGAGCUGCUGUGGUUUUUGAAAAGGAGAGCAGUCGUUAUGUCCUGCAAGGUCAAGAGAAACGCAGCUCGGGCCGACGCAGCAGCUCUGGUUUGGGAAGCCACGCUUCUUCAGGGGACCGGACACCAGAGAGCCUCAGCGACUCCGAGUACCGGCCUUCGUCUCGCCAGGACCGACGGCGACCAUCGUCCUCCAAGUCCAACGAGUGCUUUGAGUGCGGGAAGGUGUUCCGCAGUCGUCACCAGAUGAUCGUCCACCAGCGGGUCCACAGGAAGGAUGGAGGUCGGGCGUCUGUGGGUGACAAGGACAGAACUACAAGAGACGACCGAUGGGGCUCCACCAGUGAUCCGGAGUCAGGCUCCCCUAGCCGGCCCAGCACUCCGGGGUACGGAGACUCUCCACCAGCCUCUACCCUGGGAAACCAGGCCUCAGAGAUGGGUACCGCAAACUCUGGAGUGAUUGCAGAUGAGAAGCCUUACAUCUGCAGCCUUUGUGACUUUGUCGCCUCAGAGUUGCAGGCCUAUUUGACUCAUGUUCAUGUCCAACACCCGGCUGACCCCAGAGACAGACCCAGCCCCAUUCCCAGCCCCGGCUCCAGCUCGGACAGAGGCACCCCAAGUGGUUAUCCUAAGCUGAAGAGAGCUCUUCUACAGGGGUUGAGCAACUCUGCGUCCCCCCCUGCUUACCUUUCAGCUCGAUCCUCCCCGCUCAAUCCCGGCCUGACUCCCGUGGAUCUGUGUGUGAGGGCUGAGGGCUGCAGGGGCAUAGCCACCCUAACCCAGGACAGGAAGAGCCUCCCAAGCCACAAGUGCUCCUUCUGCUCCCACUCCACCCGCUACCCAGAGGUGCUCUGGAUGCACCAGACCGUGGCUCACCGCAUCAACAGCAGCAGCUCCAAUCUGGCUCCUAAAUGGGCCCUGAAAAACAGCUCCAAGGGCUCCAGGGAUAACUCGUUAUCCUCCAGGAGACGCACUGGUCCCCCGCCAGUCCUGGAGGGGAAGGAAUGCCCACCGCUGCCUCCACUGAUGCGUGCCCAACGUACCCGACCCCCAACCUACUCCAGCGAGGUUCUGAAGAAGAGCAGGCCAGCCAGUCAGGCAGCCAUGCCAUCAUCAUCAUCCUCCUCUACCCCAUCCUCCUCGUUCUCCAGGGGCUCCUCAUCCACCUCAGGCACCAAAGCUGGGAAAGUCCCAGUCCGGCCAGGCAGCAGCAGCAAUAGCAGCAAUAGCAGCAGCAAUAGCAGCAGCAGCAGCGUCAGACACACGGAGGACCAGAGUCAACAGUCUCGCUUCAGACCCAAAACGGAUAUGUACCCUCGGGGAGGCCCAUCGUCUUCCUCCAGCUCCAUGGAGAAGAGCACUGGCGCCCUCUCAUGUUCCUCAGCCCCAAGCCCCAGCUCUGCUACUGCGUCCCGGAUUGCUGACCGCUACUUGAUGCCCCAAGAGGGCCUUGGCUUCAUGCUGUCCAGCAAACACGGCCUAGCAGAGUACAGCCGAGCUCGGGGUUCCCCUCAUCAGCCGCUUUCCAACUCCCACGGCCAGGGCCGGGCUAAUACGACGAGGCCCAGCACCAACACUCAUAGCUCCACAGCAGGACACAACUACGGAGCCUCCCAGGCACACGGGGGCACCCUGGUGAAUUCUUCCUCGUCCUCCUCCUCCUUCUCUACAUCUUUGCCUUCCGAGGCUCGCGGAGAUGUGAAGCAGGAGCCAAUCGCGGAGACACCAGAGAUGCCAACUGACAUCCUCGGCUUCCUCAAAAACUACAACCCCCAUGAGCUGGCGUCCCUCUACCACCGCUGGGGUGCAGCCAAUGCACUGAUGGAUCCCACUGGGAUGCUGAGGUCUCUGAUGCGGCAGGGACAGUAUUUCUGCCAUGAGUGUGGGAAGAGUUUCAGUCAGCCCAGCCACCUGCGUACACAUAUGAGAUCCCAUACAGGGGAGAGGCCAUUCCGCUGCCAGCUCUGCCCAUACCGAGCAUCACAGAAAGGGAACCUAAAGACGCACGUCCAGAGUGUCCACCAUAUGCCUUUUGACAACAGCCAGUACCCAGACACAAGGAGCUUGUUACUGAGCCAGGAGGAGCAAGAACCGCUGGCUGCCAAACACUCACCAAUGCCACAACAACAGCAACAACAGCAACAGCAGUAGAGACCAUUUGAUAGACCAGGAUCCGGACUUGGGACCAGAGUAGCCAGGGAAUCGUACAUCCUGAAAAGAUCAUCGGCCAUUCCUAAAAAUCAGAGGACCGGAAGUAGGACCCAAGACCCAUGAUAGACGUUUUGAGCCUCUCCUCUUCACCCAUCAUCCUUUAAUGCCCUUAGAAGAAUUUUCUACAAUGAAGGCUAUUGUAGUUUUUAAUACGAAGCUAAAUACAGCAGUGCUCGGCCAUUUUAAAAUCACAAUGUGGGGCUGCGGCAGAGAAGAGUGUCUUAUUUACCAACAGGAAGAAUUUCUGGUGAAAUUCUGCAGUUAGAAAUGUAGGUGUCGGGUGUGCACACAGCUGAAGAGUGAAAUAUAAAGUUGUGUCCUCGGCGCGAAAGCUGAUUGAUCUUUUGCUUCUCUAGUUUGAAGGUUGGCAAAAUUAAGCAGAUUGUGUGUAGUUUACAUCACCUUGAAGGAUUUCUGAAUAUGGAAGCCCUCAAAAUUCAAAGAGUUACCUCUUGCUGCCAUUUCGGAGGUACCAACACGUGAGGUUGCCUCGUGCAGCUUUACAAGAAAAGCGAAGGAAAAACUGAACUUGAAUGCAACUGCUAGCGUUUUAAUCAAGGAUUGUUGCAUUGCAUGGCUGCUGUAGUUGCCUCCCUCUUUCCCUUUCUUUUUUCUUUUUUUUUUUAAAGCUUUAUUGUAUAAGAGUUUGUGCAUUCCUCAGGACACCAAUCAUCAGAGUUGAGAUGAGAGAGAAGAUGCUCUGCAAUUCCUCAACAGACAAUUGACGCGUUGCAAGUUCAUUUUUCCUCGGGGUUCAUGAAGAUGAAGAUGUGCAUUUGUCUGCGUGUGCGUGCGUGUGUGUGUGUGUGUGUCUGCAUGCACGUGUGUGUUAAACUCACUUCCCUCCACUCCACAGUGAAAUGUUAGGAGUGCAAUGACCACUCUGAGUCUGUGUAGCGGAUGAUUAGAAGGACAGAGAGAGAGUUGGAGAGAGGUAGGUUUAAAGAGAGAGAGAGAGAGAGAGAGAGAACGCUAAUGGGGGUGUCUGCUUUAGUGCUCAUUAAAAAGAGUGUGCGUUUUUAAUAGCCUAUAUAAAUGAGCGUACCACUUUUAUGGUCAUUCAAUUAUUGUCAAUUUAAGAGGAAGGGACUGAGUGGAGGCAGUUUUCCUCCAUAACUCCUUCGCAUUAAGGAGUGUUUCCGACUCCGACACUUCUGACUUUGAGUUCGACUUGACUUCAAAACAGCGGGGACGACGGGAAGACGCUGGCUCAGCUGUGGAUUGCACAAAUAGAUCUACCAACCUGUGCACUUGCAGAGGAGAAUAUGGUACUGCAAGUGUUAACCAGCAAAGAUGCAUCUUGAUUCCAUAUCGCUAAAGGGCAACACUGACUCUUUGGCCUGUUGGUUUUUAUGUGAUGAACGCUUUGAUACCAAAACCUACCCAGUCUCUCUGGUAAAAUGCCUGUCAGCAGCACAUCAUACCUCAGCAUCAAUGUAACCUGAUUCAGAAACAAACUUCUGCUCCACAAUGUUAGGUUUAUUUUCUAAUCUUGUAAAAUGCCUCUGAAAAUUAUUCAACUUAAACAAUUUGAGAAUGGAAAUUCAGAGCCAGGCUAGCUGUUAACUGCUGUUUCCAGUCUUUGUGCUAAGCUAAGCUAACAGGCUUCUUGUUGUAUAUUUAGUGGAGAGACACAUGAGAGUGUUAUCUCAGCAAGAAAACGAACAAUCUUACUUCCCAAAAUGUCCCAAACUCUUCCUUUGAACAGAUAAAGCAGACAUAUUAAUUCAGCAUGUCCGUUGUGUAUCAGCAUGCACGUCCGACAUAGCGAACAACCAGAGACGCAGAGCUGAUUUUGUUACCAAAGCAUUUAAACACACUAAUGAGCCAGACUCCCAAUACUGUCGGUCUAAUUUCUUGAAUGGAGAUGUGAAGAUUUGCAUUCUGGGAGGGAAAGAGUGAGGAGGUCAGAGAGACAGACAGACAGAGAGCGGUCAGGAGGUCAGGCUUCCAGGGAGUUCAGGUAUGAUAAGACGAGAUGGAGACGUUUUGAAGCCAAUUGAAUUGUCGAGCCGUCACAGCCUUAACACAGGUGUGUGUAAGAGUUUCGCAUUUAUGCGUGAGUAUGUGCAUUCUUUUCAAACCUCUCCAUACUGUAUGAGAGGUUGACUAACUCCUGUGUACUCCUUUGCAAUGAAAGCCUGUUUUUAAGUCCAUAGGCUGGUGUGAAGCCAGGACUGUUCAUUGCUAGGAGGGGGGGGAUGCUGUUUUCGUGUUCUGGGCUUGGUUUUUUCUCCUCAACGGCCUCGACACGUCGGGGGAAAAGAGGAAGAAUAGCAGGGCAGCUGAAAGCAGCUCAGACAUAUAAAGCAAGAGUGGAACAUGUGGAGACAUUUUUUUAUUUUUUAUAAGCAUAAAAAUCCAAAUUUCAAAACAGUUAAAGAUUACGGAGCAAACAGAGUACUGUACUUCCCAUCUAUUCUGAGACCUCAGCAGUUUUUCCCAUGAUGAUGAAAUGGUUGCUAUACCAGUGGGUUGUUGAGUUAUGCAUACAAUGUUGUGUGCUUGAGUAUGCCUAAUAAUACACAAAUGUGUAUAUUGAAGGUGUGGGUAGUGAAAAUACUUGAAACGGAUACUCUAGCCUUCGAGGUAGUGUAGUACUAAUACCAAUGUUGUACAGAAUUCCCUUUAAGAUUAACUCCUCAGUUAUGAAUUUGUACUCCGAAGUGUGACUUAGAAAAACUAUGAAGCAGGAGUGACUUUGUAUAUAAACUGUUUAUCUGUAAUCCACUCUUACCAAACCCUUAUAUACAGCGGUAGAAACCAAAUGGCAUUACUAGUGCACUUAGACUAGGUUACUGCUUUAACCGUUCUCCUUUUGUCCGACUCUAGCUAAGGUUUCUUUAAGAGUGUCUUUUUAACGGUGCCAGCUAACACGCUUCAAUGUCAUUUCUGGUUUAGAGGCUUUUUGUUAGGAUGAUUCCAUAGAUAUUAAUGACAAAUGAUUUGUUCUUUUACGGCUUUUUUAGCUCUGUUUCCUCAUUGAAAGUGUGAUAAUGCUAGGUGCACCAGUGCUUCAUUUUUCACAAAGAUGUAAGAGUGUGUUUAUUGUCUUUCUCUUUGCUAAACUGUAGGAGUUGUUCAGUAGCUAGUCAUGGCUGGCCCUCCCAGAGGGGCUGGCAGGCAUUGUUCUUUUCUUGCGGUUGGGUUUUUAUCAUGCCUCUUAAGUUGUAUUAUUUGUGUCCGUAUUGCUUUUUUUUAUUUGUUGUGAACUUCAUGAUUAAUUUACCUUAGAAGACAUUAUUAUUCCAAAUGUAUUUGGUUGGUAUCUGUAUUUAUUAUCACUUCAAAAAGGAUUAGAGGACAGAGGCAGACAGGAGCGUUUGUUUAAUUUGAUUUUUCCGGGUUGUUUUUGUUUUUAUACCGUGUAGUUUUCAUGCCAGCAACCGAUGUGAAAGCUCUACCUCGUCUGAGCCAUUCUCAGUUCUGUUACACUUUUGUACAUCAUUUCAAAAAGAUGUAAUGUCAUGUCCACAAUAAAGACACACAAAAUGGCACCUGUUGGCAGUGUUUCAUCUGGGUUUGCUUGUUUGUAUAAAAUCUACCUCAGCAACUGUGACUGAACACGUCCAAGUUUAGAUGAAAAAGCUUCAAACAGAUUAGCAGUUUGCAAAUGUUCUUUUUUUCCUUUUACUCACACCACUGAUGAAUUUACAAACAACCAAAAAAUGCACCAUCUCUUAUUAAAAACUGGGCAUAUUUUAAAAAAAGAUUUUGUGUCGCUCAUAAAACAUAUUCUUGCCACGGGCACUCACUGUCGUCAGAUGUUACCGUCAGCACUGUGCACACAAGCUGUACUGGCAUAUCAAUCCUAAAUAUUCAUGUCCACAAUUCAUCCUUCAGUACACAAAAACCUGCAACAAACUUUGAUUUAGCUAUAAUUUAGGUUUAAAAUGAAUUGAUACACCCUAAUGUUACCUAUGGUUAGCAUUGCCACCUUGUAUAAAGGCAGUCACGUGUUUAAACUAAAUGGGGCUUUAAUGUUAAAGGGCGAGUGUGUAGGAUUCAGUGGAAAACUGUGGUAACGCCGUUCACCCAUAGACUGUAUUUAAGAAGUGGACGUAGUCACCGUGACGUCACUCACUGGUUUGUACAGCAGAGUACAACAGAGUCCUGAAUAAGACAUUUUUAGGCAACCAAACUAUUACAAUUAACUUUCAUAAAGUGAAAACACACUGUGAAAGGGUUUAUGUUGCGAAAAACACGGAUAACGUCCAGACCGGACAAUGCUGUGGUAGCCAACUGUCAAUCACAAGGUAGCUACGCCCUAAAACAUACCUUCUUUCUGGUCUAUUUUACUCUAAAUGGACCAUAAUUUACUAAAUUCACAUGAUGUUGUAUUGAAAAAGACUUGAAACUAGCGAUUGAGACCAUAAAGUCAUGUUCAAAAUCUUCACUGAGCAAUAAUUCAAGUGAGAAGUAAGCUAAAUUUGUCAUAGACAUUCUGACUUUUUCUUUCAAAUAGGAGUUGCCCCCUCAUGGCCAUUGAAAAGAAUGCAAGCUUAAGGCACUGGCUUCUAUUUUCUGACCCGGAAGUUGCCGCAUAAGUUUGCCUCACUCAGAGGCCACUCUUACAAUAAUAACACUACUAGGGCCGACAGAAGGUAGACGGAGGCUGGUGUUACCAUGUCGGAGAACUACAGUAGCCUUCCGGUAACGUAAAAGUGUGAAAGUCACUCGAUAGACCAAGUGUUUGGUUUGACUGUUCUGGGCUCCUGUAGAAACAUGGCGGCGCAACACGACAGACUAUGCAAAGAGGAGCCACUCCCUAUGAAGUUAUGAAGGGCUCAUUCUAAGCAAAUGAAAACACAACAGUUCUUAGUUUCAGGUGAUUAUACACUAAUGAAAACAAAACAAUACAGUUUUAUAUUUCAUUUCUGCAAAUACCCCAAAAUCCAACACACUGGACCCACACUGUUAUGUUUAUAUAUUGUCCCAGCAUAUCUGGGUUCCUCACUCAGUGCAUCCAGGUUAGAUUUACUGGAAGCUCUAAAUGACCAGAUUCCUAUUCAUUGAUUCAAGACCAUGGUUGCAUAUAGUGUGGAACCUCAUUUACAUGUAGUGUAUACUUUCUGGAUAUUGCCUCCCAGACAGUCAUUGCAAAGGUUGCAGACCCUCAGAUUCCUAACAGGCCAUUUUAUCUUCCAGUGACCUGGUGUUGUUCACUCUAAAGUAACAAAUAGCCUGUCUUUUGGUUUGUUUUUAUACAAUAGGGACUUUUCCUAUUUAAGUUCCUGUUCAACAGUUAGUUUAACCAGCUACAGGUAAGAGAAACCACAUUCACCUAUCUGCAGUUUUCAGAGCUUUAUUACUGAAAAGAAUCAGCUUGCUACAACCGAAGAGGAUACAUAGUUAUUAUAGAAGUAUUGUUUAUAGCCACUUUAACAUUUACGGUACACAUGAGGAAUUUCUGAUGUCGUUUUUCUGGUACAUCAAUCUAUUCAAACAUGGAUACAACCUGUGACCAACGUAUCCAGCAUCCAGGAUUUUCGCGACCUCUAUAAUAAUGGGAUAGGAAUCUGCUUAGUUGAAUGGAUGAAUAGACGGGUCUGACCACUCUGUUGAACAUAUUUCCCAUACCUGGCUUUUUAGUGUCUCAUUAUGGAGUACAGGCUCUUACAGAAGUAUUUCCACACUCACAACAAACUUGCCAUCCUUGGAGAAAUGCUAUUUGUGGUCAAAUCUGCCACUUCAUCCCCCAAAACAACGAGCUGAUUGUUAAUUGCAUCUAUUUUCUAAAACCCAUGGGGCUGUGAUUUGGCUCCCCACACAAUGUCCACGACCUGCAGAAG